AAAAAAAAACAAAGAGAAGCUCCAGAGAUCCAAACCUCGCAAGAAUCCAAGUCAAAUAUCCAAUAUUCCAAUUGAAUCCUUUUCUCCUCGAUCUCUCGCUGCUCUGCUCCAGGAACCGAGAUCCCAUCUGGCCUUCUCUUCUCUCGCCUGCCACCGCCGCCGCUUCGAUUCGCCGCCUGGUGGUUUCUGAAGCGUUCUUGCGCGGUUUUUUGCAAGCUCUUCUUCGUUUUUGCUACUGGGAAAAGUGGGAAGAGAGAGAGAGAGAGAGAGAGAGAAGGCAUGUUCUUUGAUUCCGUUUCACCGUCAUACUGAUUUGCGUUGAGCUCCGCGGCUUGCUGGUUGUGGUUACUGCUUGUGGGUUGCUCAAUCGAAUUUUUAUCCCUGUGAGAGAGAAUGCUGCUUGCUGUCAGAAAAUCGCCCCAGGGGGCUAAAUUUUCUCUGGGUGUUUUUUUUUUUUGAAGUAUCGCUUGCUAUAAUUCUGGGAUGAAGAAAGUGAUACGCUGUUCUUUGCUUAUUUGUCCUCAAAUUUGCCUUUUCUUUGCAGUGUUGAGGUGCAGUUGGAGGGGGGAGUGUUUGGUGGCAGCUGAUGAAAUGAGCAGUAGUAGAAGUGGUGCUGAUGCUAGGAAAGCUACCUCAGAUAAGAUGAGAAAGCUCAAAGAGUUGCUACGCAAGAGUGACAACCGCAUAUGUGCUGACUGCAGCGCACCUGAUCCCAAAUGGGCAUCAACUAAUAUAGGAGUUUUCCUAUGCUUAAAAUGUUCUGGUAUUCACAGAAGUCUUGGGACACAUAUUUCAAAGGUUCUAUCAGUCACUCUAGAUGAGUGGACCGAUGAUGAGAUUAACUCCAUGCUAGAAGUGGGUGGAAACUCUUACGCCAAUGCAAUAUAUGAGGCAUUUCUUCCAGUAGGCUAUCACAAGCCACAUCCAGAUUCUACCCAGGAAGAGAGAGCAGAUUUCAUCAGGUCAAAGUAUGAGUUGCAAGAAUUUCUGAAGCCAAGCCUGAGGAUAGUGUCUAACAAGAGCUCUUUACAGGCCAUGGACUCUAGAAAAGAUGUUGGAAAUUCUUCUAAUUCUUAUAGCUUCAAGAGUGAGGCUGGAAUGGUUGAGUUCAUCGGAAUACUAAAGGUAAAAGUGAUCAGAGGCACUAAGCUAGCCGUGAGAGACAUCCUAAGUAGUGACCCUUACGUCGUGCUGACCCUUGGACAGCAGAAAGCAAAGACUAGAGUAAUCAAAAGCAAUCUGAACCCGGUUUGGAACGAGGUGCUUACGCUGUCUGUUCCUCAGCGAUAUGGGCCACUGAAACUUCAAGUGUAUGACCACGACGUGCUGUCGAGGGACGACAUCAUGGGGGAGGCCGAGGUGGACCUGCAGCCGAUGAUCAACGCGGCCAUGGCGUUCGGCGACCCCGGGCUGCUGCCGGACAUGCAGAUCGGCCGGUGGCUUAGGUCGAGGGACAACGCGCUCGCAAGGGACAGCGCCGUGAGCGUCGCCGGCGGCAAGGUGAAGCAGGAGGUCUCGCUGACGCUGCAGAACGUGGAGUGCGGCGAGGUCGACCUGGAGCUGGAGUGGAUUGCUCUCAACCAGUAGUAGAGACACAGGCUUAAAUCUCCUUUGCUUUAUUAGCCGUGUGAUCAUGCGUGUAGUCUGGUGCCCAGAUGUUCUGGCUUUUUAUCUUGGCAUUGCUGAAUUGAUGUUGUGUUUGGCCGUUCUUUUCUUGACUCUAGUGCCCGAUUCCAUGGUGAACUUUACUCAACUUUUGGUGGAUUUUACGGCAAUCUUUUUAAAUUUUGUGCCAACUAUUUGCUUCAAUUUU